UCGCUGCCUCGCCCUGCGCCGGCGGGCGGCAGCGGCCCCGAGCCGGGGCCGGCGGAGCGGGGCCGCCGCUCCGGCAGCCGCUGCCCUCGGGGCCCGCCGCUGACACCCUCCGUGCCUGCGCUCCCGGCAGCUGCCCUGCACAGCCCUCGCCUCCCGCUGCGCUCUGCCCUGCGCUCAGCCUGCCCAGAUACAGCUGCGCCUCCUGACUGCAGGAUCCUGAGAUGGGACAGAAAAACAGCAACCCCCAGCCUGGGGACCUGAUCGAGAUCUUCCGGCGUGGUUACCGGCACUGGGCCCUCUACAUGGGCGAUGGAUAUGUCAUCCAUGUGACAGAUGAAGGAAUCGUAAUCAGUACAGAUGGCAUCACAUCAACAUUUAGUGGCAAGGCCACGGUGAAGAAGGAGCUCCUGACUGAGGUGGCCGGCAAUGCUAAAUGGCGUGUCAACAACAAGUAUGAUCGCCGCCAUGUGCCUUUCUCAGUGGAGGAGAUCAUCCAGCGUGCUGAGAGCUGCGUUGGCAGGGAGGUGGAAUUUAGUGUGCUUAACAACAACUGUGAGCACUUUGUGACAGAGCUCCGCUAUGGAGUACGACUCUCUGACCAGGUCAGAAAUGUAGUUUUCCGUACUGUGGUAGCCGCAGAAACUUUCCUUCUGUCUCAUAUGGCUACUGCUGUUGUGAAGAGCUUCUCUUCUAAUUCGAGUAAAGAGAGGAACUGCUAGUGAUGGGCUGUCAGGAAGAGCUCAGAGCAAGGCAGGAGGAGCCCCUGGACACAGCUGUCACUGGUCAACUUUUGCUACACCUUCCCUCAAGGCUUCCUUGCAACGGUGCCUUUCUGGAAACUAUUAAAUAAGCCUUGAUAAAAUGCCAGAAACCCCAACAUUAUUUGCCCCAAAUACUCUUUUAUCUAAGUAUAACUUUGCAUCUAAGUUCAACUAUUUAGCCUUGCUUUUCUCUUUUAUCUCAUGAAGAAAAGUCAAGAUUGGCAUCAUUUAAGGUAGCCUACAGCUGUACUAGCCUUCUUGCUUUAUCUACUCUUAUUUCAUUGCCUAUGAUGAUUUUUGUGGUAGUCUGGGUGCAUUUGCACAGGUACCAGCUUUUCAUUCAUUUUCAUCAAUUGGAUCCUGUAGCCUUUUUCUGUAUAUCCGUGAUUUUUUACCUCAACUUUCUGAAAAAGUAAAAAAAAAAUUACUGCUGAGUGUUUUCCAGCUGAGGCUCUAUGUAGGAGGGAAAGCCUUGGCUGGAAUAUCUGCAAAGGAGCAGGCAGGGCAUGUGCAGUGUCUUGGAGUCUGUGCUGCCUAAACUGAGAAACUCGUGGGAGGUUGGGAGGUUGGAUGGAAGAGCAGGUCCUAUGAGCUGUAUCCUUCAGAGUUUUAAAGGAGUGCUGUGAUUUUGGGAUGAUGGUGUUUUGUUUGAUUUUUCCCUGCCUACAAAGCAUUUUUUAGUGUACUGAGCCACACCAUUUCCUUGUCACAAAGCUGAUGUGUGGAUUGUCUUGGAAGAAAACUUCCAAGAGGAGUAUGCUUUAUUGUCCUGGUGGUACCUCGAGUAUCUGCCUCAAGUGUUUGGAACCAGGUAACCUGCAUCCCACUUGUGAGACACACAAUCCUGUGUUGCUUUUCUUACAUGCAAUUACCUGCAUUGCUGGGACAGGUGAGAGCAGGACAGCUGUCUGUGAGAGGCUGGCUGAUUUUGUCUGCUCUGAACAGGUUGUCCCAGUUUAACCCCAGCCAGCAGCAAAGCACCAGGCAGCCACUCACUCACUCCCUGCUCAGCCUCAUCCAGAAAGUAAUCAGAAGAGCUGAAGUGAAAAACUUUUGCCUUUAGAGAAAGGUGGAUGAGUAGGUGUAUCAUAAGCUGUGCAAGCAAACAAAGCAAAACAGAAAAUUAAUUCACUGCUUUUUUAAAUGACAGUUUUAUAAUGCUUGAAAUAAACAAGCCAACACUUCCUGUUGUUUCGUAAUGCCCAUUGUCGUUACAUCUGAAUAACGCUCUUAGUUUCAAUACA